AUGUCUUUAGAUUCAUCAAUAUGUCCAGUGUGUGAACAGCAUGUAAAGAUGGUUCAACUGGAUCAGCAGAUGCCAGAAGAUGUCCAAAAGGCAUUCAUUUCUAUUCACUCUGUGAUUGAGGAUGCUGUGCAAACAAUACGGUUUCAGUCCGAAAACUCGCUGGCAUUGAUCCGAGCACUCAAACAGUCUAAUCAGUUUCUUACCAAAAAAGCUAUCGAGUAUCAGCAUAAAUACCGAGAAAUAGCAAGACAGCUCUCACAGGCCACAUUAGAAAUCCAGCAGAUGAGGCAACUACUGCAAAAAACCCGGCCACCACAGAGCACAUACACAUCCAAUCCUAUUGCGCACCGUCCAGCAACAGCAUCUUCAUCAAAAUCACCAAUCAGUAGUCGGCUAAGUUUAAAACCAGACUCCAGAUCAUCUGGACUAAACACUAUUCAACCUUUAGCAAUGAACCCAAACACAUUUGAAGCAGCCGCGGCUGAAGAAAAGCUAGCUCAACAGCACAAGAAUCGUCAGCAAAUGACUCGACAGUACUAUGCUGCUGCAUCUACUCCUCACUUUCAACCAUCCAGGGUAAUUCAACGACCAUCCACUGGUGUCAUGCGUGUCACUAUGCCUCGCCCUACUUCAUCAAGAUCUACUAUAGAGCACACUCUAGAAGAUCAAAUGAAUAGAAAGAACCGGGUACUUGCACCGUCCAAAUCCAUGUCUUCAUUUUCUCAAUUGCGAUUCAUGAAAAAAUAGUGUCUGGAUACUUGUUUGAUGAAUCAAAUCAUCAAAAGCAUAUUAAUCAAAGUAGCGGGCUUAUCAACAAUAAACUAUUCAUUGAAAUGUAUACCGUGAAUUGAAAU